UCCAAUCCGGUAGGUGGCGGAAAUGCACCGUUUAAGUUGGGUUAACAACCGCCAAAUAUGGCAAAAGAAGAAGAGAAUAGUUCCAGGAAGUCGGCAGGAAUACUCUGCAGCAAAACGUUUGUGAUGAACUUUUAUAAGGAAUAUUCUGAACAAAAGAAUCACUGGAUAAAGUCUGGCUAAAAGCACACAUUCUUGAAUGUUCAGGUGCAGACCAGGAGAAAGUCAGUGGAAUCCCAAAGACAAAGCGUUUUGUCAUCAGCGAAGUUGACUGAUAACCAAUUCUCACUCAGCUAUAGUUUGUCCGUUUAUGCUGCUGAUAUAAUUAUGUGAGCACAAAGAAGCUGAGUUAGUAUCCACAAUGGUUGGCUGUACUGUAUUGGGAUGUUCCAAUCGCUCAGAGAAAGGUGUGCACAUGUAUGGUUACCCCACUGACACAGAGAGAAGAAAAAAAUGGCUGGCUGAAGUCAACAGGUCCGGACAGGAUCUAAAUAUAACUAAAGAUUACAACAACAGAAAAAUUUGUGAGGCACAUUUUGAGACAGACCAGUUUGUCAAGACCAGAAGGGCCAAGAUUAGACUAAAACCAGAUGCCGUUCCCACAAUCUUCGGCCCUUGUGCUGUGGUCAAAAAGAGAAGGGAAAUUGCACCACAAUGCACCCCUGAACCUACAAAAAUAGACCACGUAAAGCAAAAACAACACAUUGCCGCUGAUCACAGCUAUAGUGUUAAAGCUGAAAAAGGGCAGUCUUGCUCUUCCAGACAUGGUGACACCGUUGACCCAUCGCAGCAACAGGCCAAAGAGCUCAGUGCAGCAUGUAAAGAUGCCCCAUCGCAGCAACAGGCCAAAGAGCUCAGUGCAGCAUGUAAAGAUGCCCCAUCGCAGCAACAGGCUAAAGAGCUCAGUGCAGCAUGUAAAGAUGCUCCAUCGCAGCAACAGGCUAAAGAGCUCAGUGCAGCAUGUAAAGAUGCCCCAUCGCAGCAACAGGCCAAAGAGCUCAGUGCAGCAUGUAAAGAUGCUCCAUCGCAGCAACAGGCUAAAGAGCUCAGUGCAGCAUGUAAAGAUGCCCCAUCGCAGCAACAGGCCAAAGAGCUCAGUGCAGCAUGUAAAGAUGCUCCAUCGCAGCAACAGGCCAAAGAGCUCAGUGCAGCAUCAAGACAAAAGGAUGUUGAUGAUGCUUUGGUCGACAUGAUCAUCAAAGAUUCACAGCCAUUUUCAGUGGUGGAAGAUGAGGGAUUUAGGGCAUUUGUAAAGAAGCUUGACCCAGCAUAUGUGCUUCCUACAAGACAUGGACUGAAAACCAUGGUUGCUGCAAGUGACCGUCUGUGGCAUGAAAUGUCAGCAUUGCGGGCAGCCGUUCACUCAUUGGAAGGACCUUCAGAUUCAUCUUUGUAAACAUUUGGACGGAAAGGUUAAGCUUGAGAAACGAAGUGAGAAAAACCAGAUGGACUCUGUCAUUGACAAAACUGACAGUGGUCUGAGGAUUGUUACAAAAAUGAACAUUAAAAAAGAGAAAGAAUCCUUUGACAG